AUGAAGGCCACACUAGCUGAUCGCCGAUACCAAGGAUGCUUUCAGUUCCGACUGAAGCGGGCCACGUGCACGAGCUUUAAGGCCCUGCGCAGCGGAAACGCGUGGGCAGCACGCGGCCGCAUCCGGCGCGCCCUGGAACUAGCGGCUAUGGACGUGGGUGCUGAUGAGUUUGAACAGAGCCUCCCACUCCUGCAGGAGCUUGUCGCGGGUGCGGACUUCGUGGGUCUCGACAUAGAGUUCACAGGUCUGCGUUCAAACUUGUCCCGGCCCCAGCAGAUCAGUCUUUUUGAUUUGCCAUCUGAAUGGUAUGUGAAGACCCGGCAGAGCGUUCAGCAAUUUACAAUCUGCCAGAUUGGGUUGUCUGUGUUUUCCAGCAUCGAAGGAGAGUCAAACAAGUAUGUAGCCCACUCCUGUAACUUCUUUCUCUUUCCUACAACAUUUGGGAUCUUGGACUCAGAGUUCUCUUUCCAGGCGUCUAGUGUUCAGUUUUUGAAUCAGUAUGGCUUCGACUAUAACAAGUUCCUCAAAAAUGGCAUCCCGUACAUGAAUGAAGAGCAGGAGAAGAAGAUUAAGCGUAGUAUCCUGAGAGGGAACUGGAGAGUCCGGAGCUCUCUGGAUAAAGACCAAAUUAAGGUGGUGAUUGAUAAGGUGACUCAGUGGCUGGACCUGGCUGAGGAAGGUGACCAGAUGACUCUGCCCGGCAUUGCUGGGUUCCAAGCCUUUGAGGUCCAGCUGGUGCUGAGGCAGGCCCUCCCCAACAUCUGGACAGUGCUGAAGGAUGAAGGGGUGAUUGUGAAGAAAGUCAGUCAGCCACAUCGCUGGUACCUUGAGCACGACUCUUGCGACCAAAUCAGCUGUUGGAAGGAGCAGAUUCUUCUCUCUGCAAGAGGCUUUUCUGUCUUUUUUCAGAUGCUGGUGAAAGCCCAGAAGCCCUUGGUAGGACACAACAUGAUGAUGGACCUUCUGCAUCUCCAUGAGAAGUUCUUCCGACCUCUUCCAGAAAGCUACGACCAGUUUAAGCAGAACAUCCACAGCCUGUUCCCUGUCCUCAUUGACACCAAGAAUGUGACAAAGGACAUCUGGAAGGAACUGCGUUUCCCACGAGUCUCCAACCUCUCAGAAGUGUAUGACGUGCUGAGCAGUAACCUGAAUCCCACUAAGAAUUCUGGACCAGAGAUUAUUCAUGCAAGACAGUGUAAAAAAUACGCAGAGACCAAGUGCCCCCACGAAGCUGCGUAUGAUGCCUUUCUCUGUGGGUCAGUUCUUCUGAAAGUGGCGCACUUGCUCCUGGAGAGGGUGCAUGGCACUGUUCCUGUCGAUGACGAGCCCACCUUCCCUCAGUACCUCGACGUGCUGGCGCCAUAUGUGAACCAAGUGAAUCUCAUCCGAGCUGGGGUUCCUAAAAUUAACUUUUCUGGCCCGGAUUACCCCAGUAUCCGCCCUCCUGUGCUCAUCCUCACCGUCAGGAGGUGGCCUGGGGUCAGUGAGCACCAGGUCUACCGUGAGUUCCAGAAUCUCUGCAAGUUUGAUGUCAGGCGGUUCACUCGAAGCCAGUUUCUGCUCCUGACCAAUAAGUUUAAGGAUGCCCGCAAUGUCUUGAAGGAGUACAGGAGCCACCCAACCCUGCAGGUCUCGCUGUACCGGUACUGGAGACAUUCCCCCAACAUCACCUGCCUGUUACAAGUCUGCAGCAUUGUCACCACCUGGGCCAUGGUUGCAUUCGUCCUGGGAAGAUUCAGCCCCUGAGUGCAGUGAGCCUCCUCAACUUCCGCCCCAGCUUCCAGAGAUGGCCCUCGCGGCUUGUCUGUAUAAACCAGUUUGUUUUCAGACAGACCUGUAUGGUCCUUUGUACAUAUUUUUGUUGUGUUCUGAAUGUGAGAUUCUGUAAAUAAGACUGACGAUAAAACCCUUGCAUCUGUAGGACCUUUGUACGUGGCCAAUGCAUUCCUUCCU